AUGGUCUGGGUUAACUCUUUCCGCCAAAUCCGCAGAGUCCCUGGUCUACUACUCUUGUCUCUUACCGCCGAAGCAUGCCGAAGUCCAGCCCCAUCACUGCACCCACCACUGCACCCACCACUGCGUGAAGCACUCAUCGAGUGCUUCCGCGCCACCACCCGCCUAGUCCGACCCGAACUGCGCCGUCAGCUCAUCCUAGUUGACGGUGCGGCCAGCAUUGCCCACUCCUCGGUGCUUUUCACCGAGGACGUGGAUGUUGCGGCCCCUCCCGAUGUCCUCACGGGCAUUGGGGAGCGUGUGACGGCCGGCGCCCUGAACUUCUCUCUCGAUCCCGACGGCAAGAUCUCGUUCGAUGCCAGCCAAGGAUUCCAAGUACGUAUCGACCUCAUCGAACACGGAAAGGAUAUCAUCGAACGGAUCCACGUGGCCGAGCCCUUCUACGAGGGGUCGGCUGCGUCCAUGUCGGACUUGUUGGUGUUCAGGGCCGUGACGGUGGUGGAUCGUGGAGUGAUGGUGAAGCUGCUGACUUUCGAUGGCUGCUGUCGGAGGUGGCAAGAGUAG